AUUCAAAUGGAAAACCAUCAGCAGGCUUAUUAGAAGGUACGUCUACAGCUCUAGGAGAUUAUGAUGAAUGUUUAAAUGUUGUGGUUGGAGGAGGAGAGAUUACUGACACCUCAAGGACUGGGGAAUAUUGUUUACUGGAAAUCAAACCUCCUGAACCAGUCUUAAACGCUCUGAAGGAUUUCCAAGUCAAAAAGAUCGAAAACAAUUAUUCUUUGGUUACAACACGAACGUUCUUGGGAUUUCUUCGAGACAUCCGUUCAAAUCCUGAUCAUGUAAUGUUUCGCUUGGGACUUUGCAUGCCAUCCUCUUGUAGUGAAUAUGAUGUUCAAGACUUAAUUAAUCUCGCUACAAAAGACGUGGAUUUCCCAGCAAAUGUGAAACGAUGCGAAUCCAAAUCUGAUUUCGAAUAUCAGUCGCAUGAGUUCAUAAUUCUGAGCAUUUUGGCACUUUUUCUGGCAAUCAUAGUGAUAGCAACGAUAAUCAAUAUUUGUUUUGACUGCAUGAGCCCAGACAAGCCAGACCAAAAUGCAAAAUGUGCAAAGACUUUUGGAUUAUUUUCGAGGUUAUCUCUGUGCCAGAGUAUACCAAAAUUGCUGGAGUGUAACGUAGACGGUGACGCGUUUGAUGUCAUCAGAGGAAUGAAAGUCCUAACUGUCUUCUUUGCGAUAUAUAUGCAUACAUAUGGUUUGCCACAUCCAUUGCAUUUAUAUAGAUUCCGAGACACGCUGAACCUAUCGAAAUUUAUGAACGAUAUAUUGUUUGAAACAAUCGCCAAUGCAUCUGUUGGAGUGGAUACAAUAUUUUUCUUAGCUGGUUUCAUUUGCAUUUACAAUCGAUGGAGGCAGCUGAAGAGGCCUGGAGUUAUUUUGUAUAUUCUGAAAUUUAUAUUUCUAAAUUAUAUUAGAAUGGUCGCAUUACAAGUAUUAGUCAUUUGUUUAUUCUUCCUUACUCCAAUCCUUGGAUCAGGACCUCUUUGGCAAGAAUUUGUUGAAGAACCAUUAAAUAAUUGCAGUGAGAAAUGGUGGAUGAAUUUGCUUUUCAUACAGAAUUUUCUUGGCCCUUAUGAUAGCUGUCUUUACCAUACUUGGGUACUGGCAGCAAUGAUGCAAAUUUUUGUGGCAACCACAGUUGUUGUUUGGUUGAUGAAUAGGUGGCCGGUGCUAGGAAUUUUAUCUAAUGUAUUUCUUAUCCUUCUUACCAUAGUAGCUGUAGCAUCUGUAACUGCUAUAUUUGAUUACCCAGCCACAUUCGCCAUAUACUUUUACGAUUACAGAGUAUCUAAACACAUGUGGAAAAAUCUUUAUGUGCAAUCCUAUACUCACAUGGGCCCUUAUUGCAUAGGUAUGCUAGUGGCAUACUUUGUUGCUGAAAAUUCUCCUCGAAAAAUCCAAAAACAUGUGUCUUUCUUUCUGUGGUUGGCUUCAUUCGUUACGUGUUCUGCAAUAAUAUUUGGACUACAUCCUUAUCACGAUGGCCGUCCAAUGGAGAGAGGAUUAGCCAUCUUCUAUGCUGCAGUUCACAGACCUUCAUGGGCUCUGGCGAUCGGUUGGAUAGUCUAUGCAUGUGCAACAGGACACGGAGGUGUUGUAAACAGCUUCCUAUCUUGGAAGUUUUUUGUUCCUUUAGAACGCCUGUGUUACAUGGCUUACUUGUUACAUGUUCCACUGAUGUAUUACCAAGGCGGAAUUCAGAGAGAACGUGUGUAUAUGGGUCAUUAUAAUCAAAUGAUGUCUUUCUUAUCGUACGCUGUAACAAGCUUCAUUUUGUCAUUUAUCUGUUACUUAAUAUUCCAAGUACCUUACGAAGUUUUGGAAGGAUUCAUAUUCAGAAAACAAGGAGGAAGCAUUUGGCAAGUUGACCCAUCUGCUUCUUCUGAAGAAGCACUAGAAGACGCAGAAAAAACCAGUGAUAAUGGCUCAUCAACUGAGGAUAAUUCAAAGGUUUUGUAUAAUCGAUCUUCUCAAUGCGAUAAAUUUUAAUUCUGAUAUGAAAAGCGCUGGACUGAAUGUUAGAUCAAAUGACAAACAGAUUAUAACGGAGACUGAGAGUUAAGCAUCUUUUGUCAUAUAUUUCCUUUUAUCCUGUACAAUUUUGAAGAAAGAUGUAUUAUGCUUGUAUUAAAAUGUAUAAAGUAUUUAAUAGUAUCUAUGUAUAGGGGAGAAUUCCUUCAGAAAAAUAAAAUCUA